GCUGCGCCGUGCCGCACACGUGGGGCUGCGCCGGCGCCGGGCGGGCGCGGAGCCAUGGGGAAGAGCCGGGCGCGGCGGUUCCGCAGGGCCCCCCCGGCCCCCAGCGGCCCCGAGCAGGGAGACCCCGAGGAGGAGCCGGCGGCCGAGCUGCUGGAGAAGCUACAACAUCCGAGUGCUGAAGUGAGAGAGUACGCCUGUGCCAGUAUUUCCAAGCUGCUGCAGCAGAAACACGUAAUCCCAGCCUUUUUGCAGAGAGAUGUUGUCCGGUGUUUAGGACCCAUGCUGCUGGAUCACAGUUUAGCUGUUCGUGAGACAGCUGCGGGCGCUCUCCGAAAUCUGAGUGCUUGUGGAGGGUUUGAAGUCUGUGAUGACAUGGUGACAAAAGACGUCAUGACUCCUCUUGUUGCACUUCUGAAAGAGUGUAGCACUGGACUAGAUGCUAACCAGCUCUCUCCAAAGAAAUGCAGAGAGAUGAACAAAAAUUACAUUGAAGACAUAGCCAACGAGGCUAUUAACUUGCUGUGGAAUGUAUGUGAAUGCAACAGUACAGCAGUGUCCAUAUUCAAUAAAGAAGGGUGUUUGGAGGCUGUGUUACAUUACAUGAAGAAAUUUUCCACAAAUGUCGACCUGGCUAUUUCAGUUGCUAACUGCUUACAGGCAGUGACGGAAGAUAAUCCAGAUCUUCUUUCCUCAUUCAAUGCCUCUGCACAGCAAGUAUUGGAAACUGUGAUGUUGUGUCCAGAGACCACAAUGAAGCACGUACUUCUGAGAACACUGAUAGCAGGCACCAUCUGGAAUAUCAAGGACACAAUUCCACCAGGCAGCCUGGGAAGCAUGGUUAAUGCAAUCCUGAAGAUUUUUUCAGAAUCAUUAGCAAUAGAUGCUGGUGAAACAAUUAUUCGUAUGAAUGAAGCUGAAAAAAACAGGUUAAAGCUUGCUGCAGAGGCAGAAACUGAGGAAAACAUGAGUGAUGUUAUAGACAACUGUGCUGUAAGUGAAGAUGAUGACAUGGAAGAAAUACCAAAAGGAAAAGUCAGAAGAGAACACGACAUUUCAGACCUACUUCCAUCUGAUAAAUGGGAACUGAAAGAAGUGACAGCCUUACUGAUGGCUCAGCAGACUGCUUUGGAAAUCAUUGUUAAUAUGUGCUGCAGUGAAGAUCCCUCCGAUGAUGAAUGGGAAGAACUCUCCAGCAGUGAUGAAAGUGACCUGUUUAUGGAAAAUUCUUACAAUGAGGGCAGUGGGCUGCUGAUGUCACCCCUAUGCCUCUCUGAUGAGGUUCACUCAGCAUUUCUGAACAACCUUAUUCCAAAGAAGAUUCUUGAAAAAACUGCUUUUCCGAACAGUGUUGCUCUAGACAUCUGUAUGCACAAUCCGUCUUGGAAACCAUUAAUUAAAAAACUGAACACAGUGCAGUGUAGAGCUUUAACAUGUCUUCAUAGCAUUUUAUUAGUGUCAGAUGUGGAUUGUCUUGGAGGAGCUUCAGCACUUCAGUCACUUGCACAGCACCUUUCACAGCUGGUCUUUUCUAAAACAGAACUCCCUGAAGACACAGACUUCCUGGAAGCCAUAACCAGUGCUUUGAGGGCUCUCUUACAAACAAUGGCAUCAAAGAACAUCUCCCAGUGUAUGACUCCUGAGCAGUUGCUGGCUUUAUGCGAAGCUGGUAUUCACAGCAGCAAUGCCAGUGUUAGAGUGAAUGUGGUGAGCAUCCUUGGAAUUUCUGGCAGUGUCCUGGCAAAAUUACAAGAUACAGCUGAAACACUAAAGAUGAUUGGAAAAUUUCUUCUUGAGGUUGCUAUGAAGGAAUCUUCUCUUGUAGUAGCAGGAGAAGCCUUGGAUGCGCUUUUUGAUGUAUUUGCAGAUGGUAAAGAAGCAGAAAAAGCAGCGGUACAGAUGAAGUUGCUCCCAGCACUGAAAGAAUUUCAGCCAGUGUUCAAAUUGAGGAUGCGAAAAGAAGGCAAAGAACAAUGUAGUACAGAUCAGCUCUGUGUUCUUGACAAUGUGAAGAUGAAUUUGAGAAGAUUCAUUGCAUAUCAGGAGACGUUAGGCAAAAACCCAACUUGAAACAUCGAGGAACUUUAAGGUUUCCUUAUUGCAAAAUGUUUUCCAAAAAUAUAACCAUUUUGAACUUCUAAAAUGUAUUGAGCAGAACAGUUUGUGCUUUCAUGUUCACAUUAGAUUUUUAAACGUUCAGUAUUUUAUACUCCUGGGUUGAUGCAAUAUGUAAGUCACGACAGCAUAAAAAUGCAUAGCAUACUUUGAGAUUAAAUGUUAGCAGUGAUAAUAAUGUGCUUUUGCAGUCCUGAGAUCUGUAAAUAGCACCACUGUCAUUGUUUAGAAACUCUCAUGUAUCCUGGUGGACAAGUACAAUUGCAUGAAAAAGUAAUUUAAAGAAUAUUGUCAGAUAUGCCCUAGAUCAAGGUGGGGGGAACAGGACACUGAAGUUAUUUUGAGGGAAUUGAGCAGUGGCAGGAUGUGUCUAUUUGCCAUUUGCUCUUAACUGUUUCUGGAAUUGCACAGGCACUUAUGGCAAGAUUCGCAAGGGAAGUGUGCGACAGUGUAUAGAUUACUAUCAGCACUUGGAUCUGUUGCUGCAUAAAGUUUAUCAAAGAGGAAACUGUUUGCUUCAUUUAUGAUAAAUUUGGUAUGAUAGCUUUUCACUCUUGAAAUCAGUCUAAGAGGAUGCUAUUCUUAAACAGUUCCAUGUUUUUAAUUUGAUUGGUGUUUCAGAAAAUCAAGUCUCCCGAUGUACCUUCUUCCUUGUAAUUCUACAUCAGGACGAAUUUGAAUUCAGGGAAGUAGUAAACAUAAUAAAAUAUUUUGUUAUACUGAGGUAUUAUCUAAAGUAAUUUUAUAACUGCUGAAAAUCUUUUUUUAAAUAUUUGUGAUAGAAACUUUUAAGCUGUAAAAUACAGAAACUGUUUUCAAAAAUGUCACUGAUUCAUGAAGAGACUGUAUGUGCACUCCCAUAUAUCCAAUGUUUUGGUUUUGUAUCUGUGAACAAGAUACUCAUACAUGUAUACUUCAAGGGGUUUUAUUUUUACCUUUUCAGGAAAAUGCAUUUUUUACACUGGCUUUUGAAAUAGGAUGCCCCUCCUCCCUCCGUUAAAAUAGACAUCUAGUUUUUGGCAAGAUUCUGCUCGUGGUGUUAGCAUGGAACGGCAAACACCAAAUUUACUCAGUUUGUUAGAUAUCAGUCUGUUAGUUUGGAAAGCAGGCUUUGGAACUGGCCAGAAAACUUGCAAAUGGCUGAUGUAAAAAAAAAGUCUGACAUACUGUGUUUUGUCAAAUGCAAGCAAGGGGGAGUGAAAACUGAGUUUUAAGCAGCUCCACAGCGUGAAAGUCCUGUUACUGCUAGUACUUUUCAGAAGUUUGAUUAAAUGUGUGAUGUGAUGCCAGCUAA